AGAGGCAGGGAGAGAGAGAGUGCUUGCAGGGAAACCAUUUCAGAGGAAAUCUAGAGAGCUCCAUCGUCGCCAUGGCGCCACCGGCAUCGAUUCGGUGGUUCGCGGCCGCUUCAGCUCUAAUGCUCUGCCUUCUCAUCUCUCCAUCCACCGCCAUCUACUGCGACGAAGACGACUGCUACGAUCUCCUCGGGGUUACGCAGAGCGCAAACUCGUCGGAAAUCAAGAAAGCGUACUAUAAGCUAUCUUUGAAACAUCACCCGGAUAAGAACCCGGAUCCGGAAUCGAAAAAGCUGUUUGUUAAAAUUGCAAAUGCUUAUGAGAUUCUGAAGGACGAGGCGUCGCGGGAGCAGUAUGAUUAUGCAAUUGCACAUCCUGAGGAGUAUUUUUACAAUACAGCUCGCUACUAUCAAGCAUAUUAUGGUCACAAAACGGAUCCUCGUGCUGUACUGGUUGGCUUUCUUUUGGUUCUUUCAGCAUUUCAGUAUUUCAAUCAAUGGACAAGGUAUAAUCAGGCUAUAGACAUGGUUAAAAAGACGCCUGCUUACAAAAAUAGACUUCGGCAAUUGGAACUUGAGCGUAGUGGGGGGACUACAACUAAGAAGAAGAGUAACAAGCAGACAAACAAGAAAAUGGAUGAAGAUCUCAGCAAAGAACUUGAAUUGCAGAUCACAGGUGCUGAGCAACCCUCCAUGUGGGAUCUUCUUGGUGUCCGUUUCAUUCUGCUACCCUACACUAUUGGCAAGCUGCUAUUAUGGCAUGGCUGUUGGUUCUGGAGAUACAAGGUGAAACAAGCUCCAUAUACAUGGGAUGAUGCCUCCUACCUGACACAGAGAUCCCUUAGUGCGCCGCUUGACGCAUGGAGAAAUGUUGAUGACUUACGAAAGGAAGAUCUUAUCAAUAGACGUUUAUGGGAAGGUUCGAACUUGGAGAGCUAUUAUGCAGAGAUGCGAAAAGAAUCCAAGCGCAGAAGAUAGCAAGUUUUGUUGCCUUUGCUACCUUUUGCCCGAAAUACUGACUAUAUAUAUUUUCAGCAAAGUAAAACUAAGACAUGAAGAGUCGACCAAAGUUUUAUAAAAGUAGCGGAAUCUGAGUGGUGGAGUACUGGAGUUGGUUUAAUGGAUUAUGAAGGCCGAGUAUUAAUUAGGAUUUUAGUUGCAAGCGACUAUACUACUAAAUUGUAUUCUUAUAGAAACCUAUAAGGGGAGGUUUGUAUGGAUCGAGGUUUUGUAAACCUUGUAUUCUCCAUGAAGCAUAUUAAAUUAUUCAACUCUCCAAUCUAGUAAUGUUAGAAUUCUUUGGAAUUUUUUUUCCUCUCCAUAUCGUCUGAUUUUAUUGGAGUAAAUGUAACCUGGAUUUAUCAUAAGUUUUAUAGUAGAUUACCCACAAGUGUCA